ACGUUUCACGAAUGAUAUCUGCCGUUGAUUUCAUUUUACUUUGUCAUUAUUUAUUUAUAUUUUUUGAUUUACUUUUAUUUAUGAUAUGUAUACUACCUAAUUAUAAAGUUAGUGAGUGAUUAUUGUCUUUAUAGUUAUUUGAUGUGAACAAAUUACAACGAAGAAUAUAGUAUAUUAAUAAAAUCAAAUUAAUUCUCUAUUGUUUUUAUCGCUAAAAGAUUUAUUUCAAUGGAACUUGAAAACAUAAUUGUUUAAAUAAAUUUUAAAUCUAAAAUAAUUUUAUUUUAUUCUCGCAGAAUAUUCGAAAUAACUAAAAGAAAUGGAUAAUGAAUUAAUAGAUAUAUCAACUAGCCUUAGGCUUCAAAUAGGAUAUGGUAUUGGACAUGUACUAAAUGAUGUAUGUGCUAGCCUAUGGUUUACUUAUUUAAUAGUGUUCUUUCACUUAGUACUUGAAUUUAGUGCUACCCAAGCUGGGAACUUAAUGUUGAUAGGGCAAAUUUCUGAUGCGUUGUCCACACCAUUUAUUGGCUAUCAUUCAGAUCACACUGAUAACUUGGUUAGUGCAAAAUAUGGCAAAAGAAAACUGUGGCACCUUUUUGGUACAGCAUGCAUACUAGCAUCAUUUCCAUUUAUAUUCUCACAAUGUGUUGGAUGUUCUAUGACCCACAAAUGGGCGCAAAUGUUUUAUUUUUCAUCAUUUAUUGUGACAUUCCAAAUUGGAUGGGCAGCUGUGCAGAUUUCACAUUUGAGUUUAAUACCAGAGCUAGCUGAUGAUGAUCAUACGAGGGCCCAUCUCACUGCUGUUAGAUAUGGAUUUACUGUGUUCUCAAAUUUAUUUGUGUACAUUAUUACAUGGAUCGUAUUACGUGUUACUGGUGAAUGUGAUAAGCAACAAGUGGGGCCUGGAGAUGCUUGGAAGUUCAGACAUAUCGUAUACAUAGUGUUAAGUGUGGGUACAGUUGCAUCAAUAUUGUUUCACUUGUCUGUAACGGAAAAACGGACAAAUAGAAAUCAAGAUCAACUGAUCGAUUAUGACAAUAAUACGCCCGUUCAAACACACUGUGAAUUCUUAAAGAAACCAGUAUUGUAUCAAGUGGCUGGUGUGUACAUGAGUACAAGACUUGUAGUAAAUGUAUCACAAGUAUUAAUUCCUUUGUACCUCCAUCGGACACUGGGAUUGGCCGCACGUUCUCUCGCCGUAAUACCUCUCGCUUUAUACCUUGGGAGUCUUACUGCAGCAGGUGUACAAAGGCUUAUCCCAAGGUCGUUCACCCGAAAGUUAAAUUAUUUAUUGGGAUCUGCAUGCGCGCUCUCUGGUUUUGUGUGGAUUUAUAUUGAAUCGGAUGAUAAUUAUAAAAUUUAUUACAUUUAUUUAGUAGCUGUGUUAAUAGGAUUUGGGGGUGCUAUUAUGCUUGUAACAAGCCUGGCGUUGACUGCUGAUUUAGUAGGUGCAAGAACUGAAGCGUCUGCGUUUGUCUAUGGACUCAUGAGUUUUACAGACAAACUCGCUUGUGGCAUUGCAAUAGCAAUAAUACAAAUGUAUGCAGAUGGUGCUGAUUCAUCUUAUUAUCGCGAUGUGUUAUCGUGGGUGUGUGGAGGCAGCGUCAUCGUGGGACUUACACUCACUUUAUUGUUACCUAAAUAUGCACGUGACAUGGUGACUGUAAAUGAUCAACGUUCGACAAUUAACACAGAAGAUCCGACUGCGGCUUCACCAUCAGAUAUUUUAUAAACUAUACUAGGUGUAAUUUGUCAAGGACGCCAUGUAUUAAAAUAGCCAAUUAUAAUAAUUAAUUAAAUUCACUAUUUUCUAUAAAUAUGCUCAAAUAAUAUUUUAUACAAAGAUCUGUUUUAAACUUUAUAUUUGAUAAUUACGUCAGUUAGACUUUCGUCCUCGUCGCAAGUAUUAAAUGCGUAUCAUGUCAUCGUAACGCACCAUUCUUAUUUUUAGGAUCAUUCUGUAUUAAGCUCAAUGCAUUCUAAAUAGAUUAAAAUUUAUAGAUUCUCAACAUUUUCUGGAUCAGCGAUUAUUUGCUUUUCUUAAUGAAUAAAAUAUAAGCUUAUUUAAAUUAUAACCCACUUAGCCCUACCUUAAAUAAAACUAUGUUCAACCCCCUCCCCCUCGUCUGGUCUGCAGCUGUUCAUACUGACCACUACACCCACAGAGGGAGUUUAUGAUCUAAAAAGACAAUUACCUCUCAAUAUGUAAGUUUUAUUUGUAAAUAGUUAUAUUACGUAUUAUUAAAAUGGGUAUUAUUAAAGAUAGAUACUAAAAUAAAUUAUUUGUCGAUUGAA